AAUGGCCUUCAGAAAUGUGAAAGUCCAUUUGAUUAACGAACAAUAGCCAGAAGUGAGGAAUCUUCGCGUUUGAAAGGACGACGGGGUGGGAUUAAUCGGAUUCUGCCCGUCUCUGGUUGACUAGUUUUUUAAUAACAUGACCCACCCUCCCUAAUAGCCAGCUAUUUGAUAAUCCCAAAGUUUACUGUGGAGAUAAAUGUGUAAGAUGACCACGGCAACAGAAGAAAAAGAGCUUCAAGAGAGACUGAGGGAAGCGGCUGCUUUGGGGGAUAUUGAAGACGUUCAGCGAUUAGUGGAGUUUGGAGUGAGUGUUAACUCUCAGAAUGAAAUCAAUGGCUGGACUUGCUUGCAUUGGGCCUGCAAACGGAACCAUGCUCAAGUGGUGUCCUACCUUCUCAGUGCUGGAGCUGAUAAAGAAAUUCUCACAGUUAAAGAAGAAAGACCAGCCCAGUUAACAUCCAAGAGGGAAAUCAGGAAGAUGCUGGGAGUGGAAGAUGAUGAUGAUCUGCUGGAUGUGAAGAAAGAAUCUGCCUUGCCCAUUAUCCCCAAUUACUUGGCCAACCCACCUUUUCCUUACAUGUAUAACUCCAUGAGCAGCAGUACUACCAGCAUCUCCUCUUCUUCUCUGAACGGAAGACUUUCCCCUUCUUUAGAACAGCACAAUAAGGAUUGUCCCCUGUCUUUACCUCAAGUCCAGGUGCCUGGCACUGCCAUGUUGCCAUGUGGAAAGUCUCCUCCUGCUGGAUCUGAUGGGGGCGUGUCCAGAGUGCCCACGGCAGAACACCCAGAGCCUGUAGUUCAGAAUGGCCAUGUUCCCCCAAUGCCUCUUCCCCCAAGCAGGACUCUCUCUUCUCCAGCUGCACCCAAACAGCCUGAAGCUCAGCAGCAGAAUGGCUCUUGUGGCGGACCUGUUCCAGCAUUUCAGCCCUUUUUCUUCACUGGGGCAUUUCCCUUCAGCAGUAUGCAAGAACUGGUGCUUAAGGUCAGGAUUCAAAACCGUACUCUUAAAGAGAAUGACUUCAUUGAAAUUGAACUGGACCGACAAGAACUGACCUACAACAAACUGCUACGAGUGUGCUGCUGUGAACUGGGGGUGAAUCCAGAACAUGUGGAGAAAAUUAGGAAGCUUCCCAAUACAGUAUUAAGGAAGGACAAAGAUGUUGCAAGACUUCAGGACUUCCAAGAGCUGGAGGUGGUUCUAAUGAUGAGUGACAACGACUUCCUGUUCCGAAACGCUGCACCAGCAUUGACUGAAAGGCCUUGUUAUAAUAAGAAAGCGUCAAAGCUGACUUACUAACGUUCCAAAUGAAAUACCUGUCACUAUUAUUUAACCGUUAAAGCUAGGAUUUUGUAAGGGCUAAUAACCUCAAAUUCUACUUUACCUUGAGUUAACCUAGGAAGCACACUUGCUCAGAAGCAAGCUCAGGCUAAAAACAACAGGACUUGCUUCGAGGUAAAUGCGCUCGAGGAUCAGGAUGUCACACUUGUAUCUGCAGUUAAUUUUUGAGUAAACCAGUACUGAAAUAAAGGAUAGGAUACUCAGCAGUGAUAAAGGACAGUCUCUCCACUCAAGCAGUGUUUCUUGCGAGGGAAUUACCCUUCCUUGGAACACUGUAGUGUUAGAAGCUCUCAGGGAAAGACAUGAAUUAAAUCGUUCUAAUAACUGCUACUUAUUUUAAAAAAAAAUAGCAGGAGCACUUAGACUGGAGGACAGAACGUGAACUGCAUAGAAUGCUUGUAAUAGGAUACUUAAGCAGAGACUCCAAAUAUAUCUAACUAGAGUUAACACACGCUGCUUGAGAAGAAGCUACUUUCCCAGGGAGAGGGGAGGAGAAAGGAGAAGUCAGGGUUCUCAACCGAUGGUUAUUUUGGUAUAGUGAAUCAAGGGGAUGCUAUUGAUGAAGUACACUAACACAGUAGCUUGUGGGAAUAGGUGCAGGAUUAAUAUAUCCUGCUCCUUGUGUCUACCGAGUGGAGAAGAUGAAGGUAUUAAGAGGUAGGAUGGGGUCCGAGAGGAGAACCUUGGGACAAACUAUCAGAAGCUUCAGAAGGGGUAUUAAAAAAAAUUGCACGUUUUACAAUUUAGAGUUAGCAACAGAAAACGACACCCCCUCCCCCCAGUAGCACAAUGUGAUAUGAGUUGUUAGAAAAACCAGCUCAAACUGCCCAAGUUUGCUUAGGGGCGAGGCUGGGGUUUCUUAGGGAAGCACAAAGCUUAAUUUGGCUAGUUCCAAAAAUAUUAAUAAAUGAUCAGCUGCGAUUUCUUCAAAAUGGUGCUGAGGUCAAAUAUUCAAACCUAUUUACAACAUCCACCCAAACUGUAAAUAUGGCAUUGACCAGCAAUGUUAGUGAAUAAUUCUCUAACCUAGGAUUGCUUCUCAGUAGUAUCUGAUGGGUGCAUUUUAUUUUGUUAAGAGGUUUCCUAAGGGAUGUUUAAGACGACAACUUCACUCCACAGCCUUCCAUCUAAGAAAGGAACACCAUUUCCCAUAGCCUCUAGCCUUUAUUUGAAUUAUCCUCUAGCCUUGAAACUAUUUACCUAUAUAAAGAAAAGUAAUCAUGUAGCAUUUUAAAUAGUAAAAUUAUUUUUAAUACCAGGAUGCGUUAUUUAAGAUCUUGGGAUUGCUAUGCAUUUUUCAAAGACUUGCUUGCAUUUCAUAUAGGCAUGCCUGCUUCCCAUCAUGCUAGUUCAGGUUCUUUAUAAGUACUCUAUUAUUAAGUCCUAGAAUUAAAAAUAAACCUGGAAAAGGCAUGGAACAAAAUAAUAAAAACCUAAUUUAAGGAUUCUGUAUACUAAUGUAGAGGAUGUUAGUUAAAUUACUGUACAAAAAAUGCAUACUGUACAUUUGAUGGCACUUGGAUAGUCAACAGAUUUCAAUGUCUGUGUGCUCUUAACUUGCAGGUUGGGGUCAGUGUUGUUAUUCAUGAGGCUCAUAUAACCCCAGUGUUGAAAAACAGCCCACCUUGUACUGAGGAAUUGUGAGCAGUCCCGCAUGAAAUUUUCCUGCAUUGUAAUUCUUUUUGUGGAAGAAUAGUUUCCACUUGAAGUGAAUCACCAAGUAAACUUUUUCAGGGAAGACCAGCGAGCAGGGCGCUAGAUUCUGUUUAUGGAUUUGAAAACUAAGUGGGAGAUGGUCUCAUUGCCCCCUGCAUAGUAGUAGUAACCCACUGGGAGACACAGGAUGCAAUUCAGACAAGUCAGGGUUGCCCUUUGCUCCUGCUCAGCUGCCAGUCUUGGUUUCUCAGUCUCUGACCUCUUUUUUGCCAUCAACUUUCCUUAGGAGGCGAAGGGAGGAGGGAAGAAAAGUUUGACCGGAAGUGGAGGAUAAAAGGGCCUUUCCAUCUUGCCUUUCACUCACCUGCAUGUAUAUCUCUCUCCUUCCUUACCUGCUGCUUCAGCAAGUGGAGGGGAGAAGGGGGGCGGGAUUAUGUGCAACCAUAGCUACUAAGUGCAGUUUUUUCCGAAUGGUUCAUCAGCAAAGAGAUUGUUGACUGGGGCUCUGUAGGAUUGUUUCUUUAAGGAAAAGAACAUGCAGGCAAACUUCUAUGUUGAAUGCAGUCCUUCCUUUCCCUUUUUAUAUCAUGCAAGCGGGAGCUGGAACAGAGUGGCCUUCUGUGUGCUUACAGGUUUCUGAAACCUUCGUCUUCUGUUUAAGACAGAAAAUGCAAACAACGAAGUUACUAACAGGGUCUUUAUCACUCAGUAUUGUUGGCCAAAGGAGAAGAAUGGCUGGAGAGGCCACAAGUAUGUUAAGCUUCUGCCCAGUUUAUUGUUUCCAAAGAUGAUCAUUCUUAAAUAUAAGUUGCUGUAUUCAGACUUUCUAUUUUUCGUCUCUGUUACCCUUCUCUCAGAUAUUUGGACAAAGGGGCUUCGUGACAAAUGUCAUUUGGCUUCAGUGGCCCAAGUUGGUUAACAUGCCUAUAAAACCAACUGGGGCCAAGAGAUGAACCACUGUGAUUAAUAUAAUCCAUUAGCCUACCAAAUUUUAAAAUAUUGCUUUAACACUGAGGUGUCCUGUGAAAGGGAAUUCAGAGCUGAUGGCAUUAUUCUGAACAAUUACUUUACAUUUAGGCAGUAUAUCUGCCUAACAAUGAAUUUAGGCAGUAUAUCUGAUAUUGGGACCUACGUGUUUUGUCUACAAUACAUAGUCAAGAGAAACUAUUACUAUUGUUAAGAAGCCUCUACUGAUAUUACAGUGUUUAACUUCUUUUUAAUAUAUAGGUAAAACACCUAUUUGACUAAAAUAUUAACUUCCUUAAUAGCUAAUGGGGUUGCUUAAACAAUCAUUUAUUCUGGGAUAGUGCUUGAUCUUACACCUAGUUGUAUCUGUUUCAAGGGUUAAAGAGAGGGUUGAACUGAGUCGAUAGCCUCUUUCACCCUUGGAUAAAUGACCAUUCAACCGUGUCUGGAGUUCACAGCUCCACAGAGCAAGUACAGUGAUUUGUGACAAUCCAGGAUAGUUAGCAAGGGUGUAUGGCUGAAAAUAUACAUACAGCUCAUUUGUGUAGACAAAAGGGUUUGAUCUUAGUAACUUUGACAUAAUCUCUGAAAUUAGGUAGUGCCAGUAAACUCCUAAGAUGCUUAUCAAUCCUUUUGACAUCAACCUUCAGGUGUCUUCACUUUCCUUGAUCCAGAACCUAAUACAAUGACAUGUCCAGUGGAAUCAGGGAUCUGAAUUUUGAAACUCCCUCCACCCCCAGGCCUUAAACAUUAAUACACAGUUUAGAAAUUGCUUGAUGCUAGUGGAACUGCCUGUGACAGCAUGUCAUUCUUGUGAUUCAUCCUAAAAGUCAUAGAUGAUGCCACUGGCAAAAUACUAUACGACUGUGAUGGUUUAAACUCCCUGUACCUUGGAAAUCUGUUGUAAUAUUCACUCAAGUAAAUGGAACUAUUGCCACUGAGUGGGUCCAGUGUUGGCCAGGUCUCCUAAAACGUACUUCACCUGGCAAAUGCCUUUUGAGGGUUGAAGUGCUCAGCACUUGAUCCUGCAAGGUACAUCUUAAUUCUGCUUUUGCAAAACAUUUGUAUUUAAAAUCAGUGCAGACAGUCCAUUACUAUGGAAGUGCUUGAAGGAAAAGGUGCUUUUGGUUUGCAGGACUCUUUAGGAUUCACAGCAUUUUUCAGGAACAAACACUAAAAGGAGGAGGCCGCAAUUCAUCACAGAAUCUGUGGGCUCAAGUGUGCUUUCUCAUGUGCUAAAAUGGCGUCCAAAUGUUGUUGGUUCUUUCAGGAGUAACACAUUCACAGGGAUCCAACAGGUGGAGGAGAAACUGGUUUAAGGUAUUGGUUAGCCAUAGUAUUAAUUGACAUAUGACGUUAAGUCCGUUGAUUAAACUGCACAGUUGCUGGCAGCUUUCUAUGCACUCAGAAGACUAUUUUUAUAUUAUGUAAUUUAUGCAAUUUAUAACAGAAGAUUUUAUUAGCUUUGCCAAGCGAAUUAUUAACCUGAUAACAACUGUGUAGUUCUCAUUAAUAUCCGUGGAUAUAUAGGAUUCAGGAUGACUGGUGUUGCCACAUAAAAAUAAAACAUGAUUAGAAAAUUAACCAAAUGGCUUAGGCUUAAGAUUCUUAUUUCCUAUGUGUGUUGUAUCCUUUUUACAAUUAAUAAAUUUUUGUUGUCUUUAAAAUGGGUGAUUUUUUUAAACAACUGUUAAAAAUUGGGAGAUUAGCCAUUCUAGUUGAGAGUUAACAUUUAAGGGUUGUCCUUAAAAACUAUACAGCUAUUUCAGCUAGUCUAGGAGGCAGCAGCUCAGCUGCUUUUUUUUUUUUUAAACAGCAGCAAGGA